AUGUCGGGGAUGAACAGUGAUCAGCUGCACCGUUCCACCUUAAGGAUUUACUCGAGCAUAUUGGAUGAUUUCAACCCCAGCCUAAAGAAACUGGUCUUGCUUGGCAACAGCUAUGUCCAAGCUUUCCGGGCCCUUACUUUCGCAAGUGAGUCUUACUUCAGUGCACUUUCAAGGAUCGGAGAGAAGGCCUUCCACACUGCGUCUUCCCGCCCUAUCGGUGAAGUCCUCCUUCAGAUUUGUGAGAACCAGCGCAGACUCACCACGGAACUGGAUGGAGUGUUCCGCAGGUUUAAUGUGGAGGUUCUUCAGGAGAUGGAAAAAAACAUUCAACUGGACGUAGGCUACAUAGCGGGAAGUCGGGACCACUAUGUGAUGGAGGCCCAGAAACAGGUGGCGGCGAUGCAGAGGCAGAGAAGAGCAAGCGGCCUGGAAGGUAGUGAGCAUGUACAAUUCCUCAGGGAGAGCCACGGAGAGGCUCUGAAGGAAGAGGAGCGGCGAUACCGCUUUGUGGCUGAGAAGCACUGCGGCCUGAUGCAGUCCUUCGCCCAACUCAUGAAUAAGACAGGAGGAACUCUCCAGCAUAAGGCUGAGGGCUGGAUGGAGGAGACCGGCGCCACCAGACAAGUCGAGGUCCGGCGACCCGCUGCUCCGGACAACGCCGCGCUUAGGAGACAGAGCAGAGAGGAGCCGCUCGGCAAGAUCCCAUCGAGAGCCCCGUCCCCACAGGGGAGCAUCCGCUCCCCAGCAGGCUCACUGGCAGGCGGCGGCGGCGGCGGCGGUGGAAGAUCCAUGAGGGCCAAGGUGGCCCACCAGCCCUCCAGCUCCAACCCCACCCUGCUGCCCUUCGCCCGGGGACAGAUCAUCACCGUGAUGGUUCAGCAGCACAAGAACGGCUGGCUGUACGGACGCCUGGAAAACGGCUCGCGCCAGGGCUGGUUUCCAGCCUCAUACGUGGAAGGAGUGCCUGAUGCCCCGGGGUCACCCAGCUUCAGUCACUCCAACAUCCGAAGCAGCAUCGGCAGCAACAUGACCAACUUUAACCCACAAAGAAUGAGCAGCUAUGGUUCUGCUAAUGCCUCUGCCCCGAAUCCUGCCCCGGCCCCUGCCCCGGCUCCUGCCCCGGCCCCUGCCCCGGCUCCGCCCCCUCCACCUCCACCCCAGUCCUACUCUUCAAAUGAAAAAUCUGAGGUGCAACGAGACACACAGGCUUCUGAGAGAAGGACUGAAAACAAGCGGUCAGAACCGCCACAGGGACGACCGGAGCUCUUCCCCAGGGGCACGAAUCCAUUCGCUACAGUGAAGCUGAAACCCACCAAGACCGACGACAGAUCGGCUCCAGUUCUGUUUCGCAGAUGA